AAGUUAUUUCUUUGGAUAUCGUCGCGGAUUUGAAAUGGGUUUAAUAAUUGGUGUGGUUUUAAUACUUCUAGCAUUUCAUUCCACGGUAAUUUGUGAUAUAUUUCCUGAAUGCGAUGGUGUCGAAAGCCAAACAUUUAUAGCUGAUUAUAAUGAUUGCGAAUCUUAUAUCUAUUGUGACGAUGAGGAAUCUUUUGCUUCAAAAUGCUCAAACGGUGAAAGAUUUAAUGAAGAAUUGGGCAUAUGUGACGAUGCCGGUAAUGUUGAAUGUAACGUGGAAGAAACUUUGACAUCCACCGAUAAAUCAACAACAAAGGAGGAACCGACAACGAGAGAAGAAGUGACUUCAACCGAAUCUCCGUCACCAUCAAGCACGACGACUUCAACAACAAGUUUAAGUUCAACUAAAUCUAAUCCAACUUCAUCAUCUACCUUAGUUCCGUCAUCGUCAUUGUCAACAACAGAAACAGCAACAACAAAUGUCAUCUGUCCAACUCCAUCGAGAGCUGAAGACAUUGUUUAUCUACCCAACUCUGAGUCAUGUUCGGAAUAUUACAUGUGCUAUAAUAAAAUAGCAAUUCCAAUGACGUGUCCUAGGGAUUUGGAGUUUAAUAGAUUGACAUCUUCCUGUGAUUGGGCAUAUUCCGCAAAUUGCAAGGUUAUCGGAACUACAACGCCUAGUCCAAGGGAACUAUGUACUGGUAAUAAAUCUGGUUAUUUCGAAUACGUCAAAAACUGUCACUAUUAUUAUCGUUGUAUGAAUGGUUUGCUGACAAUUCAAGAAUGUCCAUCAGGAUUUGGGUGGGAUGGUAUAAGAAAAAUGUGCUCCUCAACAGCGUGUAGAAGAAAAGUUUAAAUGUUUAGUUAAUUUAACAAAUAAAUAAGAGAAAUUGCUAAAAAUUAUAA